AUCAAGCUACGGCCCUAGGUGUGUUCUCGCUGCCAUAGCAUUCUCAACACAUUCGCGGGUGCUCUUUGUCCGAUUUUCUGGCCCCAAUUCCAGACAUCGUUCAAAGAAACGUCAGCAGGUCUUUACAGGGAGAGAGCUUCUACAGGAUGCUAUCUUGUGUCGUCCUGACAUGCUGAAGUAUUCAUUCAAGAUGGACCACCUUGCUGUGGCUCUUUUCUUGGAUCUAUCUCUCUAUAUUGUCGGUGGCGUCGAUGUCCUCUCAGCCGCUGUGGAUGAUCGGCGUUCGCCGGAAGCAUUCAUGAUGGUUCUAGGAGGCAAACCAACGCUUUAUGAGUCCGGCGCGAAGGCCCUUCAUCGGAGUAACGAAACCCACAGCACUAAGUUGGCUGAUGUAUCUCUGCAAGCAUGGG